GGAAAUUUUACAUCUCGCCGUUUAUUUCCAUUUUCUCACAGACUUUCCAAACACGUCUUUUAACCAAUUUUUAUUAUUAUUAAACUGACUGCCAACCACUCUAUACAUAGUACCAACAUACUUCAAAUAUCAGCCAAAAAUGGUGUCGCAAACUGCCAUAGAAGCCCAGCAAUCGAUGCUACGGACUAAAAUCAAGGCAAUUUAUGGCGAUUCAGCGCUUUCAGAGUCUGAGAAAGCAAAGAGAAUACAAUCGCUAAUGAGCCCGAGAAAGCCCUCGGCCAAAGAUGAUACGGUUGACAAAAUAACCCGGCGAAUGGCCAGAGUGUCAUUCAACGAUAAAGCACAGACAAUCCUUGGCUGCUCCCACUACCAGCUCAAGGCAAAGCUGCUUGCGCCGUGCUGCGACUCCUGGGUGUCCUGUCGCUUCUGCCACGACGAAGUUAACAGCCAUGCGAUGGACAGAUUCUCGGUUAAUGAAAUGAAAUGCAUGCUGUGCCAGGAGGAGCAGCCGAUUGCGCAGGACUGUCGGAAGUGCAAACAGCAAAUGGGCUGCUACUAUUGCCACAAAUGCCGGCUCAUCGACGACGGCCCCGGAAAGAGCAUAUUUCACUGUGACCAGUGUGGGAUAUGCCUGAGCGGCGAAAAAUCAAAGUUCUACCACUGCCAUAUCUGCGAAGCAUGUGUUGCUGUCGAAGCACGAAGCAAUCACGGGUGCGCAGAGAAGAAGCUGCACUGCGACUGCCCUGUCUGCGGCGAGCAUAUAUUUGGCUCGAACAAGGCGAUUGUGCAGACAAAGUGCCAACACAUGAUGCACGAGGAAUGCUUGCAAAAGUAUUCCGAGCACUCGUUCAAGUGCCCCAUAUGCUCGGCCUCGAUAUGCGACACUAGGUUGUUUUUCAAGUCCAUCGAGGACUAUAUGAAGGCGUGCACCAUGCCGCGGGAGUACAAAGAUAUGAAGUCGCAGAUUCACUGCAACGACUGCCGCCAGAGAUCCGUUGCUCAGUACCAUUUUGUAUACCACAAAUGCAGCCUUUGCCGCUCGUACAAUACUUCAAUCCUCUCGACAACCCGCGGAAUUGGCGUCGCAGGACAAUAAGCGCGCGGAUGGACCAGUGGCGGCGAGUUGCUUGUGUUUUGAUUGGCUGCAGAGUGUUUUGGUACACAGUUUUUAUUAUUAUUUUGGAAAUCAGGUUUUGUUAAAACUUGCACCCUUUGGUUUUAUUUUUUUCUUCCUUUUCGCUCAUUGUCAU